GUUUAGAAAAUACUAUAAAAGCAGGCACUGAUCUAACAAGUGAAAACAACACAACCUCCAAUAUGGAAAGAAAAAAAAACGGUUGGCUUUUAAUCUGUUUAUUUUUACUUCUUCAAAACUUUCAAGCAUGCAUACUUUCAAGAAUUACACCAACAGUGAUAACUCGUGAUGUGGACCUAAAAAACUCUUCAAGUCUGAAAAUUCACCAGAGACCAAAGAGAUGGGUUGGAGCACUGAUACAGAUUACAGUAGAAGUGACUGACACUGCACUGACUGUAGCAAAUGCUUUAAAAGAUGGAUGUGUUUACAGGCCAAUGAUAUGCACAUAUAAAGACGAAAUAAAAGAAUAUGAAGACAAGGAAAGAAGCCUUUCAAUAGAUUUGACCAAACAGCGAGAUAUAUUGUUAUCCGAGGUAGAAAAGCUCACAACGUCAUUUAUUCAAAAUGAUGAAAUCUAUAAUUAUGUUGAGGAUACUGUGGAAUUAGCAACAGAAAUUACCGUCUUAAUGAAGCUCUGGAGCACUGAAGUUACAUCAAAAAAGUAUAUACUGAGCAUAAAUGGCACAUUAAAUAUGAGUAAUACAAACAUCCCUGAAAGCAUUGAGAAAAAAUUCAGUGAUCAAAGAAGUGAAUAUUUGAAGAAACUUGGAAUAACAAUAGGGAUAAAAGCUUUAGUUUAUUUUAUUUUACACUUUAUUACUUAUUCAGCUAAUAAGUUUAUAAAUACAAUUGUUCUUACCCUGACAACUACUCUUUCUCCAGGCCUUCAGAUGGAUCAAUCAUUCAAAACAUAUUAUCGUCAGAAUACAAACGCUUACAUUUCUAAGUGGUAUGCAAAGCAGGGCGUUCAUACAGCAGCAAGCAAGUCAACAGUUUUCAAAGCAAAAGUAAAAGGUUUUGUUCAGACUGCAACUGCAUACAUCAAAGAUUCUUCCAGGGAUUUUUACAAGAGUAAAUCCUUUUGGGCAACCACACUGAUCUCUGUGGCAGGGGCAGCCCUUUCGCAAGGUCUUCAAGUGCAUCAACUUAUUCGCAUAGAAAAUGAGAUGAAAGAAUUAGUUCAAAGUCACAAAGUUCUAUACUCUAGCCUUCAAGUGUCAUUAGCAAACAUGACCAGAACAAAACAAUCUUUACAGGAAGAAUGGAAGUUAUCAAUUGAUAUUUUUAAGAACUUGACAUUUUACAUAAGUGACACAAAGUCCGCUUUUGAAGAGCUACCAGUAAAGCAGCAGUUGAAUGUCAAAGAACAGUUGCCUGAACUUCAAAAGCUUCUAGAAAUAGACAUUCAAAGUACAACUUCAGACAACAUAUUACAAAAACAGAGGGACAUUUUAAAGUAUAUGACCAGCAUGAAAGAUUCCAUAAAAAUAAUCAGAGCUCAUGUUCUAUUGGAGGUGAUACUAUUGCAAGUGAUAAAAAAUGGUCUAAACCAUUCCCAAGAAGUUGAUGUAAUUGUGGCUAUUGUCAAUGGUCAUCUUGAUAAAGAAGAAACAAUGCAUAAAAAGAUAGACUUGAAGGUAGUGUUGUGUCAGAUAUCUGAAUGGAGUAAUGAAGGCUAUUAUAAUUACUAUGACUUAUCUGAUUUUAGACACUGCCCAAUAGACAUAAAUAUGGAAGAAGUCAAAAGGAAGCAACACGAAAGAAAGAAUCUUAUACAAAAAUUAAAUUCAUUAAUUGAUACGUGCAUACUUAUGAAUUUUCAGUUUUGUCCGACAGUUUCUGUAAUUGCAAAGACAUUAAUGUUGACUGAGGAAGAAACCAAACGUCAUAUUAAAAUGAUCAAGCCUGAUAUGCAGGAUUUCAAUGGAACACCGUUAUAACAAUCUCGUCAAACAAAUAAAAGGCUAAUCUAUGAGUUGUCCCAGUUUUUAAAAUGUAUGAAUCUUCUGAAUUCUGCAAAAUGGAUAAUGUCAUCAAGUAAAUGUUUUUUUUAUGGAAUGGUGAAAGAAGUUAAAGUUAUGGUAAAUAUUCUUGACUGGAAGCAUUAAAUACACGUGGCUAAAUGAACAUUUGUAAACCUGCAAGGGAGUUAUCUCUUAUAAGGAGUGGAACUAUGCAGAAUCACCUCUUGAAAUAUCUUGGGCAAUAUUCAAACAUAUAGGCAAUUUCCUCAAGUGUCGGCCAUUCUUCUGCCAGAGCAGGGAUCCUGAAUUUACAGAAGGCAAUACAACUUCCCAUUAGAAUGGGCACCAGUUCCCAUUUUACAUUUCCAAUUAUCAUCAGUGAUAAAAACAAAUAUUAAAGGAGCAAUUAUGAAAAGAUGCAUUAGUUGUGCGCUGCUGCCACACAGCGCCAUUGUCCUAGGUUUGAAUUCGGCCUAGGGGGUCUGUCUGUGUGGAGUUUGCAUGUUCUCUCCAAUGUGUUCGCAUUGUGGGUUUUCUCCAGGUACUCCGGUUUCCUCCCACAGUCCAAAGAUGUGUGUUUGUGAGUGUGUGGUUGCUGCCCUGCAAUGUCCCGUCCAGGGUGUAGUCUCGCCUUGUGCCCUGUGUAUGGGUUAGGCUCUGGCUCACCGCGACCCUGUACA